AUGACUCAACAACGACCCCUCAAGAUCGCCGUGAUCGCAGGCGAUGGAAUCGGGAAAGAAGUAAUGCCCUACGGCGUACGCUGUCUCCAAGCCGCUGCCAAAGUAUUUAACAUUCAACUGGAAUUCGAAGAAUUCGACUUCGCCAGCUGCGACUAUUACGAGCAGCACGGCGACAUGAUGCCCGAGGACUGGAAAGCCAAACUAAGCGAUAAAGACGCCAUCUACUUCGGUGCCGUGGGCAUGCCGGACCAAGUGCCCGACCACGUCAGUCUCUGGGGAAGUUUAUUGAAAUUCCGCCGCGAAUUCGACCAAUAUAUCAAUCUACGACCUGCUCGGUUAAUGCCAGGGGUGAAAUGUCCGUUGGCGGGACGGAAACCGGGUGAUAUUGAUUUCUGGAUUGUGAGGGAGAACACAGAGGGUGAAUAUAGUAGUAUUGGGGGGAUGAUCUUUCAAGGAACGGAGCGGGAAACUGUGAUUCAGGAGACGGUCAUGACGAGGACGGGUGUCGAUCGUGUGUUGAAAUAUGCGUUUGAGCUGGCGCAGAGUCGGCCGAAGAAACAUCUCACGAGUGCGACCAAGAGUAAUGGUAUCAGUAUCACCAUGCCGUACUGGGAUACGAGGGUGGAGAAUAUGGCGAAGAAGUACGAAGAUGUCAGGGUCGAUAAAUAUCAUAUCGAUAUUCUGACGGCGCAUUUUGUCCAGCGGCCUCAGAUCUUCGAUGUCAUCGUUGGCAGCAACCUGUUUGGAGACAUUUUGUCCGACCUGGGCCCAGCCUGUACCGGUACCAUCGGUAUUGCUCCCUCCGCCAACAUCAACCCUACCGGAGACUUCCCUAGCUUGUUUGAACCUGUCCAUGGCAGUGCUCCUGAUAUUGCUGGCAAGGGCAUUGCAAACCCCGUCGGUAUGAUCUGGGCUGGUCAGAUGUUGCUCGAGCAUUUCGGUCACCGUGAGGCCGCUGCCGGUGUUCUCAGUGCCAUUGAAGCUGUUUUGUCCAGAUCGGACUCUGCUGUUGUCACUGCCGAUAUGGGAGGGAAAGGUACAACAAACUCCUUUGGCGAGGCAAUUGAGCAGGAGAUCUUAAACCUCCAGAAGUAG